CCACCUUCUGCCCGACGCUCAAGUCCAAGAACCGGGCGCUCAAAACCAUGCUCUCCGUCGGCACCCCGGGCAUUGCAGCAGGUGCGGAUUCCCGGGCCGACCCAGCGUUCGCCGCCAUGGCCGCGGACCCAGCGUCCCGCGCGGCGUUCGGUGCCGCGGCCGUCGCGCUCGCCAGCGACAGCGGCUUCGACGGGCUCGACGUCGCGUGGUGGUUCCCGGCGUCCGCCGUGGAGAUGGCCAACUUCGGGUUCCUCGUCUCCGAGUGGCGCGCCGCCGCGCCGCCGGGGUUCCUGCUCACCGCCACGGUCUACUUCUCCAACCACGUCUUUGACGCGCCGCGCCCGGGCGUGGACUACCCGUCCGAGGCCGUGGCGAGGUGCCUCGACUGGGUCAAUGUGGUGGCGUUCGGACUCCACCCGCUUGCCGCGGGUGCGGCCAACGCCACGGCCUUCGACGCGCCGCUCUAUGACAGGGCGUCCCACUUCUCGGCGAGCUACGGCGUCGUGUCUUGGAUCGACGCCGGCGUGCCCGCGAGCAAGGUUGUCAUGGGCCUCCCGCUCUACGCCCGCUCGUGGUUCCUACGCAACAAGGCCAACAGCGGCGUCGGGGCGCCGGUGGUCGCCGCGGGGCCGAAGCAGCGCGGGAGCAACGCCACCGGAGUUAUGUCCUACGCCGAGGUCCAGAAAAUCGCCGCUGCCGGCGGGGGCGGCCGGCGCGCGGUCACCACGACAUUCGACAACGCGUCCGUAGCGUCCUACCUAUCCAUUGGUGACGUCUGGGUCGCCUUCGACGGUGCGGCGGUCGUGGCCGAGAAGCUCGCCUUCGCAGCGCAGCGUGGGCUCCUCGGCUACUUCCUAUGGCCGGUGAACUACGACGACGCCAACCUCGCCGUCUCAAGAAGUGCAUUGGAUGCCUGGAUGAAGAACGAGAUUUCGUCGAAUUUGAAGAACGAUACCGGCCUCAGGCAGACACAGGGGCCGGUCCGGUUGCCGCCGGCUCUCCAGUCCCCUGCAGGAACGCCUGGACCGGCGCCCGCACCCACAUCUGGGUCGCGCUCAUGGCUGCCUUGGACGAAGCUUGAUGCGUUCCUGCGUUUUGGGUGUGCCAAUUCUUGUGUGCUUUUAGUCGUAACAAGCUUGAUAUGGUCCUGCAUUUGGGAUUACUAAUUCUGAGUUCUGUAAUCGAAGAGAAUCAUUAUUGCCUAAAUUGUGCAAUUUGUAUUCUAAUUUGCUUCAGGUGUAGCUUAGCAAAUAGCAACAUUUUCAAUAUCUUUAUUACUACUUUUUCUCUG